AUGGCGAUCCUCGACACAAACUCCAGCCGCUGGAUCCUAUUGCUCUUGCUCUUGCUCCAACACGCACCGUACGGAUCCGGCCAGACCACGCCGCCUGGACCGCAGACGAAAGCCAACGACCCUGUUGUUAUAGUGAUCACGGUUAUGUUCUUCGCCAUCUUCGUCAUGGUCUUCGGUUCCAUCUUCUGCCGCCGAAGCAACGCGCCGUUUUACUCGCGGCCUUCCGUUUUCCGAUCCACCGACGCAGAUGCCGAAGCCCGCGUAGUCAGGAUCAGGAGGUUGACGGCGCGUGGACUCGACGCGGAGACCAUCGAGUCCUUUCCGACGUUUGUCUACUCGGAGGUGAAGACGGUGAGGAUUGGGAAAGGCGGUGUCGAGUGUGCGGUUUGUCUCUGCGAAUUCGAGGACGACGAAACGGUGCGUUUGAUGCCUCCUUGUUGCCACGUGUUCCACGCCGAUUGCGUCGACGUCUGGCUUUCCGAUCACUCCACGUGUCCUCUCUGUAGAGCGGAUCUUCUUGUCCUCCAGCAACAGGAUGGUGACGAGAGCUGCUUGGUUCCGGAUCCGGGUACGGUGUCGUCGGGAACGGAUCCUGAGAGAAGGGUUUUGGAAUCUUCGGACGCGCAUUUGCUGGAAGGCAUGACGUGGACCAAUAAUAACAUAACACCUCGGUCAAAGUCAACAGGAUUGUCCAGCUGGCGUAUCACCGGUAUUUUGUUUCCGAGAUCUCACUCGACCGGCCAUUCACUGGUUCAGCCGGCAGGGGAUUUCGACCGGUUUACGCUGACGUUACCGGAUGACGUACGGAGGCAACUGAUGAAGACGAGGACGAUUAGACACGUGGCGUUACCUCAGGCGAGGAGUUCACGCAGCGGAUACAGAAGCGGUAGCGUCGGGAGCAACAGAGGUGUUUUCUCGUACGGACGGAAGAAUAAUAAUUUCAAUCGACGGCUACAUUCGCUGUCUUUCUCCUUCUCUUUCCGGAGCGGUUCCGUACUGUCUUCUUUCAGCGGAGAUGCGGCGGCUCCGCCGAAGAAUCUUCCGGCAUCGAUUGAAUCUGGUGAACGGUCUUUCGAACGACUCCGACCAGAUGAUCGAGUGUGA